AUGAUAAAAGCCGUGUGUAAAAGAUGGGUCAGCGGCACUGCAGUGCCGCUGAUCAAGAAGAACAAACUACCACCCCGGCCACAGUUUACGCCGGAGAUGGAAAAACAAUGCACAGAGAAGUUUCUUCAUGGCGGUAGAGGUCCCGGAGGCCAAAAGAUUAACAAAUGCAACUCCAAAGUGCAGCUGCGGCAUGAGCCUACAGGAAUCGUGGUUGAAUGCCAGGAAACGCGGUCACGUGAGCAGAACCGCAAGCUUGCCCGGCUCAAGCUCGCGCGCGAACUCGCAGUGUCGUGCGACGCGACACCGUCCAGGGACGAAGCUCUCUUACAGUGGCAUCGCCAGCAGAAACGCUCGCAGCGUCGGCGUAGUGUCGCGAAGUACGAGCAGCGUGAAGAAGCUGCUCGAGAGGAAAAGGAGGAACGCGAGGCACGAAACAGAGAAAUGCUGCGCGAAUUAUUCCGCCGGUAA